AUGACGGGGACGAAACCCUCCGGACAGGGAAACGUACGAAACCCUCUGGACGAGGAAACAUACAUUUGGAGCAAUCUUGUUCUAAGCCAAUCAAGUGGUGACACCAGCUACUUGGAGAAGAUAAGGAUGAUCAUAACCAAUAUGGAGAAGACAUGCAGCUACUACAAUGGAGCCAAAAUCGUUUGCAUUGUUGUGAGGAUUGUGGCGGGUAAUCUUCUAGGGAGAGAAGUUAUGCCGUCAGAUCUCUUGUGUUGUGAGGUGCAUAGAGAUGCAUCGGUUGUGAGGUUAAAGCACGGCUAUGCCGCUAAACCUCGAGUGCAUACUAACAUGGUGGUGCUUAAAGGCCCAUGUGUUGAGUAUGGCUCCGGUGUGGUGAGGAUCUGGAUGGCUAUGCCAUCAGAUCUAUUUUGUGGAGGUGAAGGCUAUCAUAGAGAUGCAUCGGUUGUGAGGUUAAAGCACGGAUAUGCCGCUAAACCUCGAGUGCAUACUAACAUGGUGGUGCUUAAAGGCCCAGGUGUUGAGUAUGGCUCCGGUGUGGUGAGGAUCUGGAUGGCUAUGCCAUCAGAUCUAUUUUGUGGAGGUUCUGGUUGUGGUGUACUAAUCUCAAUGCAGGUGGAGGCGGGAUUACAAGCCCGCGGCAUUUGUGUUUGGAGUUUAGGGAGUCCCCCUUGUAUCGAGUCUGGGAUGGCCUAUUCGGCGAACAUCGACAUUUUGUGGCGCUUCUCGGAACGUCUGUGCCUAGGACGUAUAGAGGUUAUGGUAACAUUGUGCAAUGUGGUAAGCCAUGUUGAGCUUGAACUCAUGAGUGACUGGUUUGUGGAUGAUGAGGGGUCGUGGUUUAGUACUGGGCAAGUAUGGACAGCUGAGUCUGGAUCGUCGAACUCAGAACCGUCGAGCAAUUCGGAGCACUGGAUCGUAGUGACGGACUUGGAACAGCCGACACUAACAGAUCAUGAUAGCAGCAGUGAUUGGGACGAGGACGUAUAUCUCAUGCCGAGAGACAACGUACAGCCCAGCACAAUGGUGAAUGAGUAUGGCGAACACAUGUCUUGGCCAGUACAUUACCCUGAGGAGGAGAGAGUAGUGCCUUCUACUCAGAUCAUAGAGAUCAGUUCAGGCGAGUGA